GAAUCCCAGUCGGCCUGUCCUUCCCGUCACCUGGAGGAAGUGGCCCACAGGCGCGUAGAUGCCUCAGCCCUCCUGAAUCUGACCCAGCAGGUGCCUCCCAGCCCUCCAGGACAAGCGAUUCUCUAAGCGACACGCUAUGUAAAGACACGACAGGCCUUUCCCAGCGUUGUCCCUGCACAGGACACUUGCUGUGUUCCCUCCGGAAGUAGGAGUGAGGCGGAGAUCGGGCAAAACCCCGUGGUGAGAGGGACCCUGGGACUGCGUGUGGAUUGCUACAGUGACAGGAACUCUGUGAGGCCCUGGAGCGGCUGAGGGGGGCGCCGGGACGUGGCGGGUAUCAGACGUUGAGCGAGGCCGCUUCCCCCGCGCACUGCGGGCCAUGAGGAGCGGCAGCGGCGUCGGGGGGAGGCGCAGCCGCACGGGGUCCGGGCUGGCCGGUCGCAGGCGGGGUGCGCGCGGCGUUCCUGUCCUCCACAGCCGUAGGUGGCGCUGCGCGGCGGCGGCUGCGCCUCUGUUGGUCCGAUGUCUUCGCUCGUUGGCACGUCCUUUCCCGGCAUCCCUGGCGGCGGUAGCGGAGCCCGUCCCCGUUCGGUGACCUUCGCUGCCAGCCCGCGCGCUCCCGGCUCUAACGAUGGUGCAGACUAUGCUUCCAAAGUCAUUGAGAGCCAUGAAAUUCUACUUCACUACUGUGUAUCAAGAAAUAUGGGUUGGUGUAGCAUUAACAGCUUAUGUCUACUACAAAAUUUCAUAUGGUGGCAAAAAAGCAGUGGCAGAUAAGUCCUCUGAUGCUGGCCAUCAUUAACGGCCUCUUCUGGGAGUAUGAAUUUGGUGGUUUGUCUUCUUCACUGUAAAUGAAGCAAGUUACAACCAUAGGGAAGCUAAUUCUAAAACUGUACCUGAUCCAUCUGUUGUAAUUAGAAAACUAAUAAAUCCAUUCAGCAAGAAGGAAUUAAACAUGUUGGACAAAGUA